GUGCAUGAGGACCUGUCUGUAGACUAUGUACAGAAAAAGUGGAAAGGCUCUGCCCUCAGGCAGAGAGCCCUGUACCAGAACAUGAUGAUAGGAAGUUAUUAUAGCAUGGUCUCAUUAGCAGGUGAGAACAGGAUGGAGAGUUCUGAAUUCACUCCAAAGCAGACCAUUUCUAAAGGAUCAGAGUCAUCGGAUAGGUCACCACGGGGACUCUUUGGGGUGACUUCUAUGGGACCAGAAUUUGAAGAUGUCUGUGAAGAUACUUUGAGGAAGCUGGAAGGGCAGCCCUCAGAUGAAGAAGGGAACAGUUUGGAAAUCAAUUUUUUGGAGAUAACAGAUGAGGAUAAGAAGAACUCCACAAAAGACAGAUGUGAGGAUUAUAAAGAAGUAGGGGAACAUCCAAAUCUGUCCCCCAGUCCUGAGGAAUAUCAAGGAGUCCCAAAAGGACAGAAAUUCUUUCAGUGUGAUGAAUGUGGUAAAGUGUUCAAUUGGAGUUCACACCUCAUUGGUCACCAGAGAAUCCACACUGGAGAGAAACCCUAUGAGUGUAAUGAGUGUGGUAAGACCUUCAGGCAGACCUCCCAGCUAAUCGUUCACCUCAGAACUCACACUGGGGAAAAACCCUAUGAAUGCAGUGAGUGUGGGAAGACGUAUCGGCACAGCUCCCAUCUCAUUCAACACCAGAGACUUCAUAAUGGGGAGAAACCCUAUAAAUGUAAUGAAUGUGCAAAAGCUUUUAAUCAGAGUUCCAAACUAUUUGAUCACCAGAGAACCCAUACUGGGGAGAAACCUUAUGAAUGCAAGGAAUGUGGGGCAGCUUUUAGUCGGAGUAAAAAUCUUGUCCGACAUCAGGUUCUUCACACUGGUAAGAAACCUUACAAGUGUACUGAGUGUGGGAAAGCUUUCUGUUCUAACAGAAGUCUUAUUGACCAUCAGAGGAUCCACACUGGAGAGAAGCCUUAUGAAUGUAAUGAAUGUGGCAAGGCCUUUAGUCGGAGUAAAUGUCUUAUUCGACAUCAGAGCCUCCACACUGGGGAGAAACCAUACAAAUGCAGUGAAUGUGGGAAAGCCUUCAGUCAGAUUUGUCAGCUUGUUGACCAUGAACGAAUUCAUACUGGAGAAAAGCCCUUUGAAUGUAGUGAGUGUGGUAAGGCUUUCAGUCUGAGUAAGUGCCUUAUUCGGCACCAGAGGCUUCACACAGGUGAAAAACCCUAUAAAUGCAAUGAGUGUGGAAAAUCCUUCAAUCAAAAUUCAUACCUCAUUAUACACCAGAGAAUCCACACUGGUGAGAAGCCCUAUGAAUGUCGUGAGUGUGGGAAGGUGUUCAGUUACAGCUCUAGCCUUAUGGUACAUCAGAGAACCCAUACUGGGGAAAAGCCCUACAAAUGCAAUGAUUGUGGGAAAGCCUUUAGUGACAGUUCACAGCUUAUUGUGCACCAGAGAGUUCACACUGGAGAGAAACCUUAUGAAUGUAUUGAGUGUGGGAAAGCUUUUAGUCAGCGUUCCACUUUCAAUCACCACCAGCGAACUCACACUGGAGAGAAACCCUCAGGUCUGCCUCACUCAGCAUCAUAA